AUGAAAUGUUCUCUUCUGAUUUUAUUCCUGAUUGUCAAUGUUCAGCUCUCAAGUUCUGACAACUUGCUUGACAAACUCAUGGUGUUUAAACAAUCCAGAUUUAAAGCAUAUUUCGUAAAUCAUCGACCUUUCAAUAAUAAACCGGAAAAACUCACAAGUUAUACGAAUUUACUAAAAGAAAACGUGGAUUUUUUGAAUAAUGAGAUCUUCAAUUUCAUCAUGAAUAAUGAAACCUCUGAAGCUCUCAAGUUUAUUGCUCCGGAUUUUAUUUAUAUUGAGAGAGGGACCCCGCAAACAGUCUCAAGGCUAUUUGAAACAAUUCGAAAAUAUUCAAAAUAUUUAACUUUUCCCGCUUCGAAAUUAAUUGAUGUUAAUUACAUCAUUCAGGAAUCUCAACAUUCUUCGAUGAAACUUGAAUAUUAUGUGAAUUUUGGUACGAAGGAAUGUAAAAUUGUCACUGAAAAUAUUGAAAGCCAGCUGGAUUUUAAUAUUACUCUCACUUCGGUUGAUCUAAAAUGCCGGGAAGUUUCGAUUUGCCCGAAUUGUUAA